AUGUUUAAAAACAACGAUAAAAAAUCCAAGAAUUUGCAAACUGAUAUACAAGUAAAGAAAGAUUUAAUGAAAAAUAUAACUAAUACUAUAAAAUCCACGCAAAAAAAACCCAAACAAAAGGAUAAAAUUAAUGGUAAUACCAAGGAUAACUCCUUUAUAAAUACGGAAAAUGCUUUCCAAGAAAAAAACAAAAUAGAUGAGCUUAACAAUAACUUAAACAAAUGUAGUAUAUUUUCACCGUCUUUUUCAAUAGUUAAUGAGGAUUUAUGUUUCUCUAAAAAUAGUACAAAAUAUAAUAAAUCUAAAAUUUCUUGUGAAAAUAAUGUAAUAGAAAAAACCGAUAGAUGCCGAAAUGAAGCCAAAAUAUAUGAUAAUAUAAUGAAAAGUAUAAAUAAAGGUAACAAUCACAUAAAAAGGAAACAAAAUGAAAAAAAUAAAAUAAUACAAAAUAAUAUUACCAAUAAGGACAUGCUUAAAUAUGUCUUAAAUAAAUGCAUUGAAUUAAAACGUUAUAUAGUAGCGUACAAAAUGAACUUUAAAAAUGUUCUAAAUGAUUUAUUUAAUGAAUAUAUGUUUUUAAAAAAAUAUAUGAUUUGUAAUUAUAAUGUUUAUCAUAAAAUAAAAUUUUAUCAUUGUUGUAAUCAUUAUUUAAAAAAGUUCAAUAAUGUAUUGCUUAUAUUGCAUACUGUUAUAGAACAACAUGACGAAUAUUUAAUGUUUGAAUUAUAUGAUGAAAUAAAAAACAAUUUAAGGUUACAAUAUUACGUUGGAAGAAUAUUAUCAAAUAAUUUAACAUGCAUCGCUUAUAAAAAAGCUGUAUACGUAAUCAUAACAUGCAUCUCAAGAAUUCACACGCUAUUAAAUUGCAUUCUUGUAUCCGAUCCUUUUAAACACACUAUACCACAGAUAUCAAAUUUGAUUCGAAACAUUUAA